AUGACGAGGUUUGCAAGAGCUAAAGGUUCUAAAUCUUGCAAUGAUAAAGUCCCUGAACAGGCAUCAUCAUGGGCUGAACUAAAAAAAAGUGUUGAGUUAAAAACGGAAAGUAAUGAGGAAUUACCCGGAGAAAUCGUUAAUCGAAUAAAAUCGAAACCUGCAACCAAAGAACCAAUUAAAUGGGCACCGCUUGACGUUGAUACAGUUGAAAUCGAAUGUGAUGUGGAAAAAAAAAGACAAAAGAAAAUGUCAGAUUCUACGAAUUCUAAAUCGGAAUCAUUGGAAGAAAAUUCUAAACCUGAAAAGAAAAAGAAGAAAAAAUUGAAAAAGGAAAAUUCUCAAGGAGGGAAUGAGAAUAAAACAGGAAAUGUUAAAAAUGCUGCUGCUACUGCUGCUGGGAAUUCGAAAAAGGUAAAAAGUAAAAAUUUCAAAGAAAAGGAUAAAUUUCCCAGGAAAAAUAAUAGUGACGGUACGUUCGUGGAGGAAAUCAUGGUUAACGGAGAAAAAGUAAAAGUGGUCAAGUUUCAAGGUUUCAAUGUUACCCACGACGAUGCAGUCAGAUUGAAAGAAUUGAAAACCGAAAUGUACAAGCAGGGAAUUCCGAGAGACAAAUUAGAAGCCGCGUUGAAAUUGGAGAGAAGGAGAGCGGAAAAAUCAUUGUCGAGAUUGAAGAAAUCCGUUUGUUUUCACUGUCGCGGUUCGGGUCACGUUUUAUCACAGUGUCCGUCAUUGACGGAAACGGAAAACACGGGAACGGGAAUUUGUUACAAAUGCGGAUCCACGGAACACUCCGCCAUAGAAUGCAAAGUCGUGAAAGGAUCGAGUUUUCAAUUCGCCGAAUGUUUCAUAUGUAAAGAACAGGGACACAUAGCGAGACAGUGUCCCGACAAUCCCAGGGGUUUGUACCCGCACGGCGGAGCGUGUAGAGAAUGCGGUGACGUCACGCAUUUAAGGAAAGACUGUCCUAAAACCGUCGUGAAAAAAGAAAAGGAAACGAUGACUCUCGGUAUAAGAAACGAUAGAAACGUUGAAACGCUCGAAGAGGAAAUGGUUUUCAACAGAGGAGGAGGAGGAGGAGGGAAAACACCGACGAAAAAAAAUGGCGACGUCAAUGGAAAAAGGAAAUCUCUCGUCAAAUUUUAA